AUGGUGGAGGCGGGGAGGCUCAUCGCGUCUGCUGCUCCGGGCAUCCCGGUGAUAGGCGAUGGCGACACGGGGUACGGCAACGCUGUCAACGUGCGACGCACCGUGCGCGGAUACAGGCAGGCUGGCAUGGCGGGGAUUAUCAUCGAAGACCAGGCAUGGCCCAAGGCGUGUGGGCACACAGCAGGGCGCAGGGUGGUGGGGCGGGACGAGGCAGUGAUGCGAAUCCGAGCAGCAGCGGACGAGCGCGAUGAGGGGCAGGGAGACAUCGUCAUCGUUGCACGGUCGGAUGCGUGUCAGGCUGUGUCACUGGACGAGGCGCUGUGGCGGGCAGCAGCAUUUGCCGACGCGGGGGCGGACAUGGUGUUUAUCGACGCGCUGGGGUCGGAGGAGGAUAUGCGCGCAUUCGUGCGCGCCGUGCCAAACACCCCCAAGCUGAUCAAUCAGUUGGAGGGCGGUGGUCGAACGCCCAUCCUCUCACCUCAGCAGCUGGAGGACAUGGGCUUUGCCAUUGCCGUCUAUCCUCUCUCCCUCGUGGGCGUCUGCACUCGGGCCAUGCAGGACGCGUUGUCAGCAUUGGCCUCCGGUCGACUACCCCGCCCUUCUCUCCUCCCUCCCUUUGAAGAACUCAAGGAGGCUGUUGGUUUCCCGGAGUACCUUGCUCUUGAGGAGCGGUACAAAACGGUGGAGGACGAUGAUGGGAGUAGCUGGAGCAGUGGGAGAAGCAGGAGGAGGAGCGAUAGUGAUGAUGCGGAUGCUGCUGCGGCUGCUGCUGCGUCGGCGCGAGUGGCGGCAGAAGCACAAGCAGAGGAGGCAGCAGCAGCAGCCCGAGCAGCAGCGGCAGAUGCAGCAGCAGCUGCUGCUUCAGCUGCAGCUGGUGCAAACUGGCAGCAGCAGCAGCAGCAGCAGCAGCAACAGCAAUACCAGUCGCAGCAGCAACAAUCCCAAUCCCAACAGCAGCAGCAGCAGCAGCAGCAGCAGUGGGAUGUGGUAGAGCCUGUGGUUAUAGAACCCGAUGAAACGCCAGGAACAGGAGGAGAAGGUUGGAAGAACCUCGAGAGGACCCGCAGCAGCAGCGGCGGCGGCGGCGGCGGUGGUGGGUGGGGAAACUGGACGCGCGUGCUGCGAGUGCAAGUGCUCGGCCAGAACAACAUAACUAAGCUCGACUUCCGCGUACCGGCUGGCUUUCUAGGAAGUCUUGCCAACACCAUUCCAGCCGUGGCGGGCAUUGAUCUGGCAGGACUGGUGGAGCGAGCAGCAGCGCGGGCGCAGUCAGAGGGGGGAGGCAGGGGGGAUGACGAGGUGGUGGUGGUGGAUUUCAAAGACAAGACCACGGGCGACCGCGUGCGCAUCCUGCUUGAAUGA